GCUGAAAGGUCGCCAUACGAUUUAGAAUUUGCAUCAAGUCUUGUUUGUAUAUGUACAUGCUUAAUUGACACAAGACUGCUAAUGCCGCUGCUUAAAUAUGUGUCGCGAGGCAUCGAAUAAACAAAAGGUGACGCGCACGCGUCCUGGGUGACACCCGACAUCCACGCUUUUUGCCACCAGCCAGCCACCCCAACCACCAGCUGUAUGCGACCUGAUGCGACCAUACGCGACACUGCGCGACACACGGCACACAGCCAUCUCUUUUAUCUUCGGUAUUUGUCUACCCGGUGAGCGCCGCCAAGCGCCGCACCUGGGCCGGGCCUGCCACAGCCCACGGCCACUGGGCCACAGACAGCCUGUGUGUGUGCGGGGUGUGCCACGCGGCGCAGAUGACCAGUUAGAUGGAAAAAAAGGUUAUCUCUGUCAAUAUCGUCGUGGAAGAAAUAACUUGAUUUCGCGACAACUCGGCAACUCGUUGUAUAAACUGUCGCGAGAUAUGGUGGCAAAGAAUGCAAGGAAGAUUAUACGCGCGAAGAAGGUAGGUCGAGCGGGAGGGGUCGAUAAGAGAAAUCGAGCCGGUAGCGGCGGCGGCGGCGGCGGCGACGGCGGACGUGCUACGUGGAAUCGUGAAAGUGAAGGUGAAGGUAUGCUGCCGCUGCUACUAUCUCUGCCGCUACUACCUGCGGGAGAGACCGAUCGAAUCCGAUGAAUACCUGUUGGCUGCUUAUGUGUGCGCUGCCUGUUAUUCCCGUUCCUUCUCUCGCGUUCGCGUUCCUUCAUGUGUCUCUCUCUCGAGUCGCUGGCUAAGCGAUCACCGAGACGAACGCGUGUGUGACGAUAUCGCGACACGCGAUAAGGAAAUACCAAUACCAAACCAGAGUGUUUGCAAGUGUCAAACGCUGAUUGUUGACAAGUAUGGAGCGCCUGAGAGACAAGUUGAGCGCGUACGAUCAGGAACAUCUGCUAAGAUUUUGGGAGGAGCUGAUGGACGAGGACAAGAACCAGUUGGAGAAUGACAUAGCGGAGCUUGAUUUCCACGAAAUUAUAGGAUAUUUUAAAAGAGCUGUGGAAUCUUCCCAGUAUGUUGGCCAGAAUAUGCUGGAUGACAAGAUACAGCCGAUUGACGAGAGCAAGAUUGCUUCUGCCAAGACGUCUACAGAGGAAGAAUUGAAUAUGUACGAGGAACGUGGUUUGAAGGAAAUAGCGGAAGGUUGCGUCGCUGUAUUAUUGAUGGCGGGUGGUCAAGGCACGCGUCUGGGAGUUACCUAUCCUAAAGGAAUGUACGACGUUGCGUUGCCUUCGCGUAAAACUCUCUUCCAAUUGCAGGCGGAAAGAAUAAUCUCUCUACAAAAUAUGGCACAACAACGGUAUGAAAAACAUGGAGAAAUAACUUGGUAUAUUCUUACUAGCGAAGCUACUCACGAUGCCACUGUCGAAUAUCUAAGCAAGCGCAACUAUUUUGGUUUAAAAGAGAAAAAUGUGAAAACUUUCAAACAGGGUAUGCUACCAUGUUUUACCUUUGAUGGAAAAAUUAUUUUGGAUGCAAAGCAUCGUAUUUCCAAAGCUCCCGAUGGUAAUGGAGGAUUGUAUCGUGCUUUGAAAAAUCAAGGAAUAUUGGACGAUAUGGCAAAACGCGGUAUUCGGAGCAUUCAUGCACAUUCCGUGGAUAACAUCUUGGUGAAAGUAGCGGAUCCUAUAUUUAUAGGAUAUUGUUUACUGUCUGAUACUGACUGUGGAGUUAAAGUUAUCGAAAAGUCAUCUCCCUCUGAACCAGUUGGCAUAGUUUGCAAGGUAGAGAAUCACUAUCAAGUGGUUGAAUACAGCGAAAUGACGAAAAAGACUGCGGAACUUCGACACGCCAAUGGACAACUGAUGUAUAAUGCUGCCAAUAUAUGCAAUCAUUAUUUCACUCUUAACUUUUUAAAGGACGUCGGAUAUUUUUACGAAAAAAAUUUGCUUUUACAUGUAGCGAAAAAAAAAAUUCCAUACGUUAAUAACGAUGGAGAAAGAAUCAUUCCAAAAAUUCCUAAUGGCAUCAAGAUAGAGAAGUUUGUGUUUGACGUGUUUCCCUUUGCAAAAAAUUUCGCAGUAUGGCAAGGAACACGUGAGGAGGAAUUCAGCCCGGUGAAAAAUUCAAGUUCCGCUGGUGAAGAUUGUCCAAGCACCGCUCGCACCGAUUUGCUCAAUUUACAUAAAAAAUGGUUACUGAAGGCAGGUGCAAAAGAUGUCGAGGACAAUGUCGAGAUCUCUCCUUUGCUUUCGUACGCGGGAGAAAAUUUGUGUCAAAUCGCAAGCAACCAAUCUUUUGUGGGACCACAAGUUCUCGAAUAACAAGAAUAUACCAUUUUUUUAUUAAUCUAUAAUAAUGAGAUAUCUUGAAUGACAUAUGUUUCUAAAUGAUUAAGUAUGCAUUUUUUUAAUAUUGUUUAAUAACGCGAUUUUCAAUAUUAUAAUAUCCAUCAAUAUUAUAAUAUCCAUUUUAAUUAAAAUUCCAUGAUAAAAUUAAAGCUGUCCUCAAAUGAAAAAAAUUGAGAACAAUGUAAUUAAUUAUAUAGAUUCAAGUGUAAUUUGGUAAUAUUAUUGUUUAAUCCAUAA